GUCCCGGCAGGCAGGAUGACCGUCUCCUACACCCUGAAGGUGGCCAACGCCCGAUUCGGAGGAUUCUCCAAACUUCUCUUCCGGUGGAAAGGAAGUAUCUACAAACUUCUCUACAAGGAGUUCCUGGUCUUCAUCUCCCUCUACAGCGUCUUCAGUGUCGUCUACAGACACGCCCUGAAUGGAGACCAGAAGCGGAUGUUUGAGAAAGUCGCCAAAUACUGCAACCAAUACAUCAACCUGAUCCCCAUCGCCUUCGUCCUGGGAUUCUACGUCAAUCUGAUCGUCAAUCGAUGGUGGGGGCAAUACACCAACAUCCCCCUCCCCGACCAGCUGAUGUGUGUGGUCUCCAGCACCGUCCAUGGAGCAGACGAGAGGGGCCGCCUCCUGCGACGCACCCUCAUGCGUUACGCCAACCUCUCCUCCGUUCUCAUCCUGAGGUCCGUCAGCACCCGCGUCCUCAAGAGGUUCCCCACCAUGGAUCACAUCGUGGACGCCGGUUUUAUGACCCGCGAGGAGCUAAAGAAAUACGAAAGUUUAGCCUCCGACUUCAACAAGUACUGGAUCCCCUGUGUGUGGUUCACCAACCAGGCCGCCCAGGCCCGGCGAGACGGGAGAGUCCGAGACGACAUCGCGCUAAAACUUCUCAUAGAGGAGCUGAACAAAUAUCGAGCCAAGUGCAGCAUGCUCUUCCACUACGAUUGGAUCAGCGUUCCUCUGGUCUACACUCAGGUGGUUACGAUCGCCGUGUACUCCUUCUUCGCCGCCUGUCUCAUCGGACGCCAAUUCCUGGAGGGAAACGGCGUGGAGGGAAAUAACCAGGAGAAGAAUCUGGACGUCUACGUUCCCGUCUUCACCCUCCUCCAAUUCUUCUUCUAUGCCGGCUGGCUGAAGGUGGCAGAACAGAUUAUUAACCCCUUCGGGGAAGAUGACGAUGACUUUGAAACAAACCGACUGAUAGACCGGAAUCUGCAGGUCUCCCUUCUCUCGGUGGAUGACAUGUACCAGAACCUGCCGCCGAUGCUGAAAGACAAAUACUGGGAUGAGCAAAUGGCGCUGCCGCCAUACACCGUCGCCACCGCCGCCGAGACGCUGAAACCCUCGUUCAUGGGCUCCACCUUCGACAUGCGCAUCGAUGGGGAUCCGGAUCAACACCAACAAGUGGCCGCCACCCCAAACCUCCCCCGCGCUCGCACCCCCAUGCUCAGCCGCUUCCUCCCCUCCCCCGCCAUCGGCAUGAAAAACCUCAUGGGCCGAGGUCCUCGCAAUCCCCUGGUCCGCCUCAGAGGAGAAGGAUCCCCCAACAACGUCCACUACAGCGAGAUCGACCAGGACUAUCGGAUCGACGAGGAGGAAAACACCGAGGACGAGAAGGAGAGCCGGGCGAGUGAACCUCCUACUCCUAAAGUCGCCUCUCGAGUUCCUCGCAGGCUGGAGGCCUCAGAGAAGCAGAAGAAGAUGGAGCAGCCGAAGCCGAUCCCGAUCCUCAUCACAGUGGAGGAACCGUCUGAGGAAAGCAUAGAGCAGGACCCGGGCCAAUGAUCGGGGACACGGCACGGGACAGAACUUCCGACAGCCCGGGAAUGACGAG